GAGCAAUUGACGUCCUUAUAUUGCUCCUCGCUGCCUCCUGGCUCGUCGAGACGUCGUGUCCAAAAACUCCUACUCACCAAAACAGCGUCAGCACAACCACCAACCAUGGGCUCUUCCUCACCACCAUCCAUCAAGCUCGCCGAGUAUCUCUUCACCCGGCUGCGCCAGCUGGGCGUCGACUCCAUCUUUGGCGUCCCCGGCGACUACAACCUGCGCCUCCUCGACUAUGUCGAACCCUCCGGCCUGCACUGGGUCGGCAACUGCAACGAGCUCAAUGCCGCCUACGCCGCCGACGGGUAUGCCCGCGUCAAAGGCCUGGGCGCUGUCAUUACCACCUUUGGUGUUGGCGAGCUCUCCGCCAUUAAUGGCAUCGCGGGUGCCUAUGCCGAGCGCGCCGCCCUAAUCCACAUCGUAGGCACCCCGCCCCGGGACUCCCAGCAGAGCAGGCGGCUCGUCCACCACACCUUCGCCGAUGGCGAGUACCGCCGGUUCGCGGCUGCCCAUGCCAAUGUCACUGUGGCUCAGGCGAGCAUCGAGGACCUCACCAUGGCCCCCUCGCAGAUCGACAGGGUCAUCGAGCAGGCGCUGUACCACAGCCGGCCGGUCUACCUACAGGUGCCUGAUGACAUGAUCGACAUGAAGGUGUCGACAGCGAACUUGACUGCCAUACCAACACUCAGAGUCCCCGAGCUAGCAGAAGGUGACCAUGAGGAGAAGAUUCUCUCGGAAAUUGUGGAUCGGAUACACGCCGCGAAGCAACCCGUCCUGCUCGUGGACGGCGAGAUCCGGGGUCUCAACGUCGUCUCACAAAUCAACCAGCUCGUUGAGGCCACAAAAUGGCCUACAUGGACAGCAGGAUUCGCACGGGGCAUGGUCAACGAGAACCUCGACAACGUUUAUAGCCUGUAUGCCGCGAAGUACGGCACCGAGGCGGAGAAGGCAUACUUCGAGAGCGCAGACCUGGUGCUGCAUUUCGGCCCUCACCUGACCAACACAAACACGUUUCUGUUCACCACGAUCCCCAAACCAGAAGCCACCAUCGCGUUUCCUCGGAACGGAGUGGAGUACGGCGGGAAGCUGUACCGGGAUGUCUCGACGCGGCGAUUCCUCGACAAGCUGCUAUCCAAACUGGACUUCAGCCAGACCGUAAAAGUGCAGUCCCCGCCACCAAAGUCAAAGUCGAAACCCGCCUCCGCCUCGUCCACAGCAGCAGCCCUCCCCGACUCCGGCGCCAUCGUGCAGCAGAACUUCUUCCCGCUCAUCAGCACCAUGUUCCAGACCGGCGACAUGAUCCUCACCGAGACCGGCACCGCAGCAUACGGCGGCCGCCUGCUCUCCCUCCCUGCAGACUGCCGGUUCUUCACGUGCGUGACCUGGUUGUCCAUCGGGUACAUGCUGCCCGCGACGCUCGGCGCGGCCGUGGCAUACCGCGAGGUCCUGUCCAGCUCGUCCUCGUCCUCAUCCUCGUCCUCGGGUGCCGGCUCGGCGAGGAGACGACACAGCGGCCGCGCGACGCUCUUCAUAGGCGACGGCUCCUUCCAGAUGACUGCGCAGGAGGUCAGCACCAUCAUCCGCGAGAAGCUCCCCGUGACCAUCAUCCUGCUCAACAACAACGGGUACACGAUCGAGCGGGCGAUCCACGGGCGGACGCAGGGGUACAACGACAUUGCCAAGUGGAAACACGAGUAUGUCCUGGGCCUGUUCGGGCAGAGCGAGGAGCAGCGGCAGCGGAAUUACACCAGGGUGCGCAACUGGGGGGAGCUGAGGACUGCGAUGGACAAGGUGAGAGUCGGGGAGGACAAGGAGGAUGAUGGCGAGGUCAAGCUUGUAGAGGUGUUUAUGGACCAGGAGGAUUGUAUUGGUGCGUUGAGGGAUCUGAUGGAUCGGCAGAUCAAGGAGGCUGCGUUGACGAAGGGGGCAUAAAGGUCGGUGGGGCGGACAAUUAGACACCGAUGUUAAUGGAUGAUUUCUGGUUGUUGCAAACGAGCGCCUUGACAAGGUAGUCUUAUCGAUUGGAAUUUCGGUCGGCCCAAUGCCAAAAAGAA